CCGAACCGUUCGCUUCAAAAGUGACGCGCUCGUUGGUUGCUUCACACCGCCUCGUUGGUUCCGAUCGUUCGUUGUUUGUUAUGGCGAGACUUUUUUCUGUUUUUCGGAAGUGAUUUUCUGCUUUUUUGCGGUAAAUAUCCACAGAAAAAGUGAGUGUGUUUUUCGCGUCUGGACCCUUAUCGAGAAAAUAUAUGAUCCAGCCAAUGGGCAAGCCUAAAAGUAGCAUCUCCGAAAGCAGGAUUUUUAACCGCGUUUGGUAGCGCAAUAUUCAGCGUAACUGUGUAUAACAGUGUAGUUUCACUGAAUCGAUGGCCACCCUCUUGGCAGAAAGUGAAAUAUUUGUAGAAGACAAACAAUCGGCGUACAGAGAAGACUAGACUACGAUUGCGUCAUUUGUUAUGUGUUAAAUUAGAUAAGUACAGACGUGAAGGCUUAAGUGUGUCGCAUCGUAGCCGAGAUAGCACUGCGUAAAAGUAACGAUAGGGAAAUGAAUUCUUAAUUUUAUUCUAUUUAGAGGAAUAUUGACGGAGAGUAGAGUUUUUUUAGUGGCGAAGAAAGUGGUGAAAUGAUAUUGUAGUUUACCUUUGCACGUGGAUCGUGUCAAUUAUCAAUGGAGCUGAUAGUUUUUGUGAUGGAUAAAAGCUGGUUAGAAGCGAUUCGUACAAAGUGAUUGUCAAAGUUUGACGCUUAAGGGUAGAGUUGUGAGAGAAAAUAAGUGCGUGGAGGUGAAGAACUGAUUUUUUGUAGGUGUUCUAAAUCAGUGAUCAAAAUGUCUGUUCAAGCGAAACGUCAGCACUGUUAUCUGUGCGAUCUGCCCCGGAUGCCUUGGGCGAUGAUCCACGACUUUACCGAGGCUGUAUGCCGAGGAUGUGUGAAUUACGAGGGAGCUGAUCGAAUAGAACUGGUAUUGGAUACCGCUCGACAAAUGAAACGAAUUCAUGCUGGUGCCGGCGGCGGCGGCGGUGGAGGCGGUGGUGGUUCUGGCGGUAGCGGAAGUGCCGGUGGCAAGCGUGGUCAUGAGAACGGUGAAAUGCCACAUCGGUCGGUACCGCAGGCACACCAUCACUAUUCCGUACGCACCGGACCCAACGGGCCAACUUUGGUCGAUUUCACACCGAAGCACGAGCCACAUGACAUCACCGGGGUUCGCCCGGGAGCACGUCUUCAGCAGCAUAUGCCACCACAUCAUCUACCGCACGCCAACCGGCAGCAGGUUCCGCCGGCACUUUCGGUCAACUUGAAACGACCCCCGCCGGAGGAUGACGAGCACGGUCCGAUGGAUGGACCGACGGGCAGUGCCAAACGGGGACCGGAGGAUCCGGUUUCCAUCCAGCGGCCGCCGCUAACUCGGGGCGACUCUCUGCCGGCCGUACCGUUCGUUCCGGAUCGUCAGCCCAGCUACAAAGAUAAGCACCCGGUGCGAACUGCUUCCUUUGAUACGGCCACAUUCAAGCCUGCUGACCAAAAACAUCAAAAUAUGGGGAUUUACGUGAACGCCCCUGUUGUGCAACGUUAUAAAUUGUACCCGACCGUGAUACCGAUCCCACCGGUUUCGAUGGGCGAUUCCACACCACCGACACCAUCGGUAGCGCCCCUACAAAGUCCGAUGGCAAAUCUAAUGUCGAUCACGGAAACUCUUCCACCGGGCAGUCCCCGAAACGGUCCCAGCCCACCGGGACCGCCACCACCACGCACGGCAUCCCGAGGUUCUCAGCAUUCGCCCAACAGUUCCGGAUCCUCCAGUGGCCGGCGUUCGUCCGGUUCUCGGCACGUUUCCAGCACAACGGUAACAUCAAGUGAAGCGCAACAAUCGAACCAAACCGGAGUGCCUGGCGGUGCGUCAACUCCCAACGGCAGCGGAUCGAACGGUGGAAAUGGUAGUACAACCCCGGUUACACUGGGUCCGCUAGGAGGACCUGCAAUUGGUCCACAACAACCACCCCAAUCACAGUCGGGUCCUCAACCUCCUCCGGAUGCCGUAGCUGGUAUGGCUCCAGGACCUGGUGGUCCACCCGGUACUCCUGGUGCCUCCGGACCUGCCGGCCCGGGAGGACCUCCAGGUAUUACCGGUCCGCAGCCAAACAAUGGCACCGGUGGACCCGCUCCGGCCCCAGCACCGAAUCCCACGCUCAAAUGUACAAUCUGCCAAGAACGGCUGGAAGAUACCCACUUCGUGCAAUGUCCCUCGGUGGGUCAUCACAAAUUUUGCUUCCCCUGUAGCCGCGAGAGCAUCAAGCGACAGGGCUCCGGUGCCGAAGUGUACUGUCCGAGCGGCGAGAAGUGUCCGUUGGCCAACUCGACGAUACCGUGGGCGUUCAUGCAGGGUGAGAUCGCGACCAUUCUUGGCGAGGAGCUGAAGGUGAAGAAGGAACGCGAAACGUAGAGCCAUGGUAGCGACGGUGACGAGCUGACGUCGUCCUCCUACCGAUAUUUGUACUAUUACAAUACUAACAACAGCAGUCACCACAGCAGCAACGAUGCUAGGGACAGUAGGCCCAAUAGUACCAGCAGUUCCUACUAUCCGUCAGAUCUAACAACAUCUGCUAGACGUAACGGUGGUGGUGUUGAUCAGCAUCACAUUUUCCCGCAGCAACCGCUUCCACGUCUACAACAGCCACUAGCAUCAGCAGCUUGGGAGCUGGCGACAGUAACUGGACAAAGUUCAGUUGAACCCGCCUUGUCGGUGGAUUGGGGAUACAGCAGCAUGGGAACAACACGCAGCGUCCUCGAUUGAAGCGCAAACCCAUAGUCGAACUUUUCCGCUAAUACAAAUUAGACACAAAAAAAGCGAGAGAAUCUCGUCAGAGGUACGUUCUUAGGGAUGAUUUUGACAAACUAUUGGUAAUCCAUGAGUCGAACGUGGAGUAAACCUUUCGUAAGAAACGAGUUUUUUUUGGAGGGGGAACACCAUGCCGUAGAGCGAACACAAUUGUUGUACAUAAUCAAAAUAGAAUUAGUUGAGGAUGGCUCCUUUUUUUCCUUCCACGGUAGGAGAAACGGGCGCCUCAUUUUCGUCUUUUGCGCAGACAGAAGACAGGCGAAAAUUUUUUGGCAUAUCUCGGGCAACCCAUCGGUGGUCGAAUGGGACGGGAUUUAAAACACACAUACACAGAUAAAUACAUACACUAAUCUUUUGUAUGUUUUCUUUUUGCAAAAACAAAACAGUGCAAAUAUCGGUAUGCACAAAUAAUUAGUCGUAACAGGAAACACACAGAAUUCUUAGUGAUAAUCGUAAGUUGGGUAAGACAGUGACAAACAAUAGGAGCAAAUAAUCUAGAGGAUAAUCAGAGAAAAGUACACUUACACGCUACUGUGUAGAAGUUGAAAAAUCCCUUACAAUGAAUAUGUUUGUUUUUCUUUUAUACAGAUUUUUAAUUAGUUAAGAAUUUUUAUAUUUUAACGUGGAAAAAGGCACGCAUAAUUGAUUAUACAAUAAACAAGAAAAAAACAAUAAAAUAGCCACUUAUGAAGCAGUUGCUAUACAGUAGCCAGUUUAGAUGUAUUCUACAAUGUAAACAUAUUCGCGUAGGAAGCAGUCAAGCAAGUGAACCAUGUUUUUGUAAAAAAAGAAGCGAAAUGUGAAACAAAUCAAAUAACUCUAUUUUAAGAGUUGACUUAUUUAAUUUUUAUCACUAUUAUCUCUAUGCAUAACCCUAAACAGCCUAUAGGCCCAUAUAUUUAUGAUUAGUUGCUAGCUUUUAACUAUGAAUACCUGUAAAUAGCCAAGAGGGUUCUUUUCUUAGAAGCGUAGGGAAGAAAGCGAAAGUUUUUUUUUUCUUGUUUUUAAUUUAACAAUUUUAAAUGGAAGAAAAGAUACAUGUUACUGAAGGAUGAACCGAUCACAACAAAUACAGAGCAAAAUUAUUGGCCGUAUGAGUUUUUGUUUUGUUUAUUUUUAAGGUUUGAUAGGUUUACAGUAGUGACACGUGUCAAAUUUUGAGCUGUUCAAUGUUUUCUUACUGAGUUUACCGAUUGGAUUACAAAACCGCAGUGCCAGAAAGGUUAAGGGGUAUCAACAAAUUCUAGCUUGAUUUUUUCUUAUUCAGUACCAUGUCAUAAUAUGGUCAAAUUAACCUUCUCAAUUUUAACAAGGGCGACAGGCAUCGCGUUUCUUAUAUGGAGUGCAGAGUUUUCGUAUAUUUUCACGCGGCAUGCAUCCCCUACGUAAUACAUGACUCCAGAAUAUUUGAAUCAACUCAGUAAACCGUUUGACACGUUGUGAUUUACUAAUGGAAGUAUCAUGUGCAGUGUCGCGUUUCUGCAGAAACAUUUAAAGUGAAGUUACAGCUUGCCAUGAAACUUACUGUCAGUUAACAGAUGUGUAAUUCUUCUCAACUGUGCUUGAGCACAUGUGCUUUGUAAGGUUGUAGUAAAUGUGAUAACACGAAAUAAUACUAUAGUGAUAUCGCGAAACUGUACUGAAAUGAACGUUCACUCAAACAUACGGUAAGACAUAACCUUUAGGUUUUAGCAUGACACCUUCGUCAUUCUGUAUGGAAAUUAGGUAACCUGAUCAUUUUUCAAAAUUGUAAUAAAUAUUAGGUUAGGUUUUGCAAAAGAAAUUCAAAUGUACCAAUUGUUACCUAAUAUCUCGGGAGCGCUUUGCGGUGUUAACUUUUUGCAAUUCCUUCGACUAGACAAAUAAUUAUGCGUCUCCAUUAAAUUUCUAAGAAAUGAAAAGGUAUUUUCAACUUGCAGUGAAAUGCAGUUUUAAAAUUUGUUCAUGUCUAAACUUUCAUUUUAUUUCUUCUAAAUUGUGACAUUUGUUGGAUUUAACAAUCGUCACAAUCGUCCUAUAAUUUGAUUGCAUUUUGAAACACUUUCAUUAUUGUGAAUGGUGGUAUGCAAAAGAUUCAAGAGAUAUUACGUUCACUUUCAACUGUAUUGCACAGAAACUUUGUUCGUGGAUUUGGCUGAAAACUUAGCAAACUAAUUUUAUUUCCAAAUUUAUGCAUUGUCAUUAAUUAAGAACUAUUAUAGGGUAAGGGAAGCUGCGUAGCCGUAAGGUUCGACAAAGCCGGAGUUCGUGGGUUUUGUCUCAGGCUCCCCAACUACCUUCACGCUGAAUUCUUCACAAUAUCUCGAUGACUUUCUCUUAACAAUAUAAGUCUCUCUUAUGAAAGAAAACAAGCCAGAUAAGACAGCUAACUAAUCAGAGUUUUCUUUCCCGUCAUUAAAAUUGAUCCAAUUUCAGGUGAUUGAGGCCCGUUUUCUUCGACUGAUGAAAAUAUUGAAUGCAUUUCUCUAUUUAAUCAAACUAUUCAUUCAGCACUGAGCAAUUGUAAUAGAGCUAAUGUGUGAAUUGAAAAUCUACAUCAGUUCCGUGAUGAUUUUUUUUUUUUUGAAGAAUUGAAGUGAAGUGACUUUCGGAAGUGAAAGGAAAAAUUAGUCUAAUUUCAGGCGCAUGAUUACUCGGAAAACAACUGUCAACGUCAAUAGCAAUUUUUUUCCCUCAGACUACAUCACCUAUUUUCUAUUUUAUUUUUUUUAAAGUACUUUGUAUUCAAAGAUUGAUACUGCUAAAUUUUACUAUUAUUUUUAGAAUUGUGAGAAUAUUGAAUAUUUUAUGACAAUUUGCUGAUCAGCAUAACAAAUCAACAGUAACACCACUUCAUGCACUAGUUACAAAAAUUGAAAAAACAUUCGAAGCCGAAGAAAUCAUGUUAUUGGUCACGGAAGCUCAGCAGGUCACAAUAAGGACCACGAAGGGAUUUUCUCAGGGAGAGGUUCUCUCACCCCUGCUGUGAUCAUUAGUGGUUGAUGAACGGUUGACACUACUAGAAUUACGAGGCUAUGAAGUAAUUGAAUUAGCGGAUGAUAUAGUUGCUGUGGAAAUAUGAGCACGUAAUCAGAGAUGAACUUCAACAUGCUCUAAAUUCAACUACAAUGUGGUGCGAAAAGAAGGGACUAUCGAUAAAUGCAAAAAAAAACAACGUCCUGACUAAUAUCCUCACGGAACGAAAUUAAAACUUUCUCAAGGAGCCAACUAUUUAGGAGUAACUCUAGCUACCAGAUUAAAUUGCAGCUUUUAUAUGGAAAAAGUAAAAAUAAAGACUACAAGUGCCUAAUGGAUCAGUAAAAAAUCUUUGGUAACGAAUGUGUAUUGAGGCCAAAAAUGAUUUGUUGGAUCUAUACGGCUAUCGUUAGACGCAGAAUAACAUAUGCUUCCUUAGUAUGGUGGCCGAAAAUUAAUGUCAGGUUUGCUCAGAGGGAGCUUAUAAAAUGCAAAGACGUGCCACAAUUUCCAUCACAUGAGCAAUUUAAAGUACCCCUUCGAAAGCACUAGAUGCUAUGUUCACUUCCAUUGCAUUUACUUGUAUCAUCGGAAGCUGAAAAAACGCACUAAGGAUACAAAGAACAAAAAAGUUUAUUGAAGGAGACCUUAGGGGACACCUCAGUAUACUCAAAAGCUUUAAAAUAAAUGCGCCGCUAACUCAGGAAGACUGGAUACAACUUUGAACGACCACUCCAAGUGACCAAGUCGCACACGAGGGCCUAGCAUUCAACCAGGCUCAAAAGUUUUCUACACGGAAGGCUCCAGGUUAAGCAAUAGAGUUGGGGCUGGGGUAACAGGCCCUGGAGUCAAUCUAUCAAUACCGAUGGGAGCAGAAAUACAAGCAAUAAUUAAAUGUGCUGCAAUUAGUUCACGACACAACUAUAGACAUGCAAAAAUAUGCAUUUUUCUGAUAGUCCAGCUGCACUAGAAGCAGUGAAAUCCGUUUCCUGAUCUUCGAAAUAGGUUUGGUAUCACUUUCAAUUGCUACGGCAGGUGGCUUGAAAUAGUGAAACGAACCUAUUCGAGGUAUCUGCGGCAUUGUGGCAUUGAAGCGAAUGAAAAAGCUGAUCUGUUGGCGAGAAAUGGAUCAAUUGUGGAUUGUGGGGGACUCAGAAUGUGUCCUCAAAAUCGAAUUCAAGAAGUGGGAACAUUUGGAGAAACAAUAAAUCAGCUCGGCAAUCGAAGAGAUUUAUAGCUUCCCAAAAAUUGCAAGAUGAUGCCUGUCGCUUCUGUAACCUAAAACUCAUUCAAUAUCCGGAAAAAAUUCUUUGAUAAAACUUACUACAAAGCAAGGCAAAGCUUUGGUGCUACAUUCCGUAUCAGAACUUGACCUUCUAUUAUACACAGACUUCGUAGCCUACCGUUAAGUGUACAGGACAAUUGCGGGGCUAGCGCUACGAUCCUACUGACACUAACAGUCUCUCCCGCGCCGGGACUCGAACGUACGACGACUGGCCUGUUAGCACUCGAGACCAACUGAGAUUAAAACUUACUAUAACCAUUGAAUAUUUAGAUGGAACACCCCAAUAAGGCUUACCUGACACAAAAUAUUUAAUCUUUGGUCGCAGUUGAAAAUGUACCCAAUACGAAAAAAACCUCAGAUCUAGCAGCACUGCAAAAUAUUAUUCACCUCAACAUUUUUGGCAAUGUUGUCCUCUUUAAUAUAGGCGAUGACAACGAAACCUAAUGAGAAAUAUUAAAAUGCGAAAGAAAAUUGGAUAAAAAAAGUUUAGAGGACAACGAAACCUAAUGAGAAUUAUGAAAAUGCGGAAGAAAGUUGGAUAAAAAAAGUUGAGAGGACAACGAAACCUAAUGAGAAAUAUGAAAAUGCGGAAGAAAAUUGGAUAAAAAAAUUUGAGGAACAUAUUUCCAAAUCGCUUGAAAACCAUAAAAAUAAUCUUUUGUGAUGUUGCUGCUUUUCGUUUAACUGUAAAUAAAAACUUAAAAAAAUAAAAUUUCUGAAGGAACCUGUAGCGAGACUUGCUGGGAAAUAUAAACAAAUGCCCGAAAAUACGGCUUUCUAAAGUAAUUUCAUACAUUCUACCGCUUAUUUUUGUACGAUUUGUUAAAAUAUGAGGUGCGCGAUUAAGUUUUCGCUGUUUUUAUUCAAUAAAAGUGUUACUUCGUUUAGGAAAUAAGCAUGCAAUCUCGUAGAAAUAGCUUUAUGGGUAAUUCUUAUACCAAAGCAAGCUGUUCCUGCGUUGGGCAUUGAUCCUCAGAGUAUUCAAAGCUAUCCGACCCUUCUUCACGCGGAUAUCGAAAUUUGGAAUCAAUCACGACACAUUGUUUCACUUAGAGCAGCAUUUCCGUAAACUUUUUUCAACUCUCGAUGCGCUUCAGCCGCUCUUUUAUUUGAAUCCCGCAGAUGACAUUUUUUUGAUACAAAAUCAAACUUUUUUUUUCAACUCCAGAUACACUAAGGUCUUUUGAACGCAUUUCGAUGUAGUUUUUUACGCAAAUUUUGAAAUUUACGCAGAUUUUAAUGUAUUUUUACGUGGAUUUCACAGAAAAGUCAUUUUUACGCGGUAUGUUUUUAUUGGUUUUUCAUUUUCAAAUCGUUUAUUUAGAGUGUCAUAUGAGUUAACUUAAUCCAAUUUUCAACCUACUGAAUAUUCACUAAUUUGGCCUAACCUUUUUAUAUUUUUUUCUUGAUUUUCGGCUUGACUCGCAUGCGUAAAAACACUACUAUCGAUUUUUUUCGAGAGAACUUACCAGAAAUGAUUACAAACCUUUAGCGAAUGAUUUUUUACGUGGAUUUAGGAAUUUACGUAGUUUUUUCCUACGCGGAUUUCGGAAUUUACGCGUUUGUUUUACGCGGAAUUUACGUGUUUUUUACGCUACGUAUCCCCCGAAUAAAAAAGACUAGUGUAAGAUACCACAAUAAAAUCACUCACGUGUCUAAUCGGUUUGUUUACUGUAUGCCUCAGCUUGUUGCAUCUCGUUUCAGAUACAAUCAGUUUUUUUACGCGGGCUGCUUUUUUUAAAUAACUCAAAAAUGGUUUCAAAAUAUACCUUUUAACGAGUUCUGAGAUGCUUGAUUCGUGUCAUUUCAGGAUUCACUGGAACAUCACAAUUUCAUGUUAUAAAACCUCGAAAAGUUCUCGAUUAUUCCGUCAUUCUAUAUAGAAAGUAGAAAGAAGCAAUCCCAAGUGUAUGCCUUGAAGAACGCCCGAAAUUUGAUUUUUCUUUAAAUAAUUUACCUAUUUUCAGCCAGUAAAGCAUACCAAACUGAAAACCAAUGUCAAAUCUGUCAAAUGGUUGCAGGAGUCAGUCCGCUUAUUCAUUAUAUUUUUGGCGUCUAAUGAAAAAAAAAUCAAUUGCGAGGAGGUUGGUAAUUGUAGAAAGGCCUCUAAAAUAUGGGUGCUGUGAAUUUGUGGUUAUAUUUUUCAUUUAACACACACUGCGACCAGAGAUUAGAUCUAUUGUGAUAUUGCCCAAGUGUUUUCUGUAUUCCGCACUUCAUAUUAUUGGCAGUAUCACUAUUGAAGUAAGUGAUACGCUUUUCAUUCAUAUCCGUGCUUGUGUGUAAGUUUUACCUUUCCGUUUCAAACGUUUUUACUCUACUAUACCGAGCCUCUGUCCCUUCUAACAAUAUCGCCUAGUUACAAUUCCCUGGAGAGAACUUUCAUACGUUACUCACACCAGUUUUAUUAUAACAGGGAGUUAUUAUUGUUAGAAGGAGAGUCAACAGAGGUACUGUAGAAUUCAGAUUGAAGGAAAGGUACUUGGUGGAAAGCCUGAGAAUAAACCAAUGCUUAAGUCCUUCGGCAACCAAAUGGCCUGAUUCUACUAAGAUUCGAACCCACGACCAUCCGCUUACCAAGGCGGACUCUGUAACCUUGCGGCUACGGAGCUCCCACACACAAGAUUACAGCCAGCUCAAGUCAAGUUUCGGAUUUUUUUUAAGUUUUUUAAAAUUAUUGUCAGAAAAAAAAAGAUUUUUUUUCUGUUCUAUCAGAAAUUUAUCGGUCCCGAUAAACGUAUUGGAAAACUACAAUCAAGUGUUAGUUAGUUAGUUUUAUUACUAUAUUUGGCAUCAAAACUACCAGAAUCCCUUCUGGUCCAGGAAUUUUAGAAUCAUAUAAUCACCUUUAAGCCUAUGAUUUAUUCUUUUGAAGGAACUGUGGUUAACCCACAAAAUUUCAAAUGCAUUUCCAAGCUAGUUUGCGUUUUUCUGUUCGAGAAAACUUUUAUGGCUUUUGCUUUUAAUUUUUCAAUUACUUCAACGUGAAAAACUUAGUAAAAGAAGAGUAUUUUCUGACAUGGUACUUUGUGAAAAUGCCUGUGACAUGUUAACAGUUCGGUAGAAAUUAUCAUUUUCUCUUGACAUCUUCAUUUUUACGAUCAAAAUAAUCUUAAAUUAUAUGCCGAAACUUUCGUAAACCUAUCGGUCAAAGCUAUUUUGACUUGACAACGAUUAGUGAUAUAAUUGUUAAAAUUUCACUGUAAUUUCAUGCAUUUUUUAUUGUAAAGAAAAAACAAUCUUGAUGAAGAAAUGUAUUAGAAACUUUCUCCAAAAUAAAGUACAAAAUAAGGAUUAUCAUGUCCAAAUUUAAGGGGCGUAUUACAGAAGCUUCGAAGAGCAACUCGUUUUAUUUGAAAUACAUGGUCGAGUCGAGCCAACUCGUCUUUUGUUAUAGGCCCUCGUGUUUUAUGAUUUUAAGAUUGAUAACAUGAACUUUGGUUUCUUCAGUACAAUGAAUAAAUCAAUCCUUCAAUGCAAAAUUCAAGAAUGAAUUACCAAAACCAUGGCCUGAUGAAAAGAAAAAAAAUUGAGGUAUUAGUACAUUGCUACACAUAAGCAUUUUUUCCGCGAUUCUUGCCCAUAAUGAAUAUUUUGUACCUGGAAACAAUUUUUGACAACAGAAAUUCGUGAUUCGUUGUUUGUAUUAGAACAUAUGGACAAUGUGAUGGUUUUUGCAGUCCAACACCUUGAAAGAAGGUAAAGGUAAAUUCAUACGCUUGACAAAAGUUGCGUUACAGUCAAGAAACAUUUUUCUAUUUCGAGAUCAAGAGGCUCAUUUUGAUGACAUGACAUUUUGUAUUCAACAUUGAAAAUUCAUUUAAUUUUUUUUUUACUAUUUUUUUAUAUAUUUGUUUGAUUUUACUUUCCAAUUUAAAUAUGAUCUGUAUCAAAAGCUCAACCGUACCUAAAAAGUUUCAAGGUUUUUCUUUAUCGUAAACGUGUACUAGAUCUAGAAUAGAAUAGAAUUGAAACCAAAUUAAAAAUAACAUGACAAGUCAAUGUACUUUGACCAAACCCGAGGAAAAAACAAACAAAAACAUUUCUCUUUUCAUUACGAGUAGACACGUAGAAUUUUUUUUUUUCAAACCAAAAAAUGAAUAGAAAAAUAAUAGUGUAUUACACCAAUCGUUAAUCAGUAACAAAUCCAAGAGCGAACAUUGAAGUUGAGCGCGAGUUUUAACGCUAAGUAGAAUCAGAACAAAAUAUAAUUUACAGCAAUUAUCGCAUGCAGCAAAAAAAAAAACAGGCUUUUGGUCAUAUUUUCCCUCACCAAAAUAUCAGUUGAAAUCAGAUCCAGCAGUUUCGCUUGUAGGCAAGGGUACCUUACCUGUGUAGACUAGAAUGUUAUGACCUGAGGCUCGCUGUCGGGAUCAGGACGGUAUGAGCUCAACUCAAGCCUUAUUAAUUUUAAACGAGUCCAAAGAUGCUCUGUUUUCAACUGUUUGUUUUCAGAAAGAGAAAGAGAGAGAGUAGCAAUUUUUUCACUCGUUGCUACAAAUUUAUUCACCAGUUGGUAUUAACGUUGAUUCGAUAUGGCGUUCCACUUGGCUUAGGUUUGCCGUUGAUAGUAGUGUUCAUGUGUUUUCUCUCAAAAUUAUACAAAAAUACAAAAAAAAGAAGCAAAUACCACAAUCUGAGCGAGUGAAGUACGUAAAGACAACAUUAAUUGAUUUACCAUCGAUCGGAAAUUUUUAUAAGCGGUAACGCCUGUUUGUUAUUUUAUGUCACUGCCAGAGUUUUGUGCUAUCGAGAAAGAAGAAAAAAAAACUAAAAGAGAAUCCAUUUCGGUUUUUAGAUUUCACAGAUUUCGUCACUUGAUUAAGCAUUCGCUGACUUAGGCUGGCCGCUCACUCGUGACACAAUGUCUCUGCCAGGAGCUGAUCCCGCGUAAGGAUCGCAGAGCAGAUUCGCUGGUACCGGCCGGCACUAAACAGUCACACAUUGGAACACAACACUCGCCAUAUUUGUACAUACUUGUAAAGCAUAAAACUCAUUGAACAAACAGUAACUCAAAAUUGAACCGUAAACGGAACAAUUAACGCAAUCAAUCAGACCCGUGGUAACCACGAAGAGUGUUAAAUUAUUGGAACUACGCGUAGAGAAAACUGCAGUAAUUAGUUCUCAUUUGAAUGUCUAUUUGAUGAAAAACUUGACAAGCAAUACAAAACUUGUCCCGAAGAAAACCUGCAUACCUACCAGAACAUUUUCGCGAGUCUAAUACAGGAACUAAAAAAUAUACACAGAAAAAUUUCGAAUAGAAAGGAUCAGUCAAACUUUUGUAGUCACCGGCGGGAGCAUUUUUAGCGCGACAAACGAUGGAGAAACUAUAGCAUACUAAAUAUCAGCAUAACGCCAUUGGAAACCAACAAAAUAAACCUUUUAUGACACCCAAAACACAUACCCAUUGAAGAGAAACUGAAAAACAAACGAUAACAACUAACAACUUGAUAAUCCAGAAAUAAAAAGGGAAAAAAAUACUUGAAACAUAAAUUGUAAGCAUUGGUAAUUUGUAAACAAAUUAAAAAAAGUUUGUACAUAUGAAUAAAAUACAUUGGAACAUAUUGAAACAUUUAUACCGA